AUAAAAACAAAGAAAAUAUUGGAUUUAAAGGCACACGCCAAACAUAUUCGUAAAGUAGAGUUAAAAACGAGUAUUUAAAGCCGCUCUCCUGAACCGUUACCAUUAAUUCCUCCAAAAAUGACAUUUUUUAUUAAAACAAAAAAGUCUUGAUUAUAACCGAAUGUACCCUGUUUAUUGUUUAAGUACAAUUUUAUAAUACUUUUCUGAAAAGCCGCUAUUUUGAAUAAAUACUUGCAUGAUGUACAUAUAUUGAUCGUGUAGAAAUCAGUCGCGCAAGUAAUAAUGUGGCAAUUAUUAUAUUGUAUAAUCUGGUAACACAAUAAUCGUAAAAUUUAAAGCGCGGGAGCUUGGCAUAUGUUUUGAAGAACGUUGGUGUGGUAUUGAUUUAUUUAACUCAAAGUUUUCAUUUAUACCAAUAAUUAUGGCGGAUGCUGAACAUUAUAUUAGGGACAUACAGCGAGAAUAUGUAGAUUUUUUAGAUGAUGAAGAGGACCAAGGAAUUUAUUCGGGACUUAUUAAGGAUAUGAUUGCUGAGAAGGGGCGGCGACUAAUCGUUAACAUAAGUGAUCUGAAACGCAAAAAUCCUCAACGAGCUCAGGGGCUUCUAUCAAAUGCAUGUGAUGAGCAAUUAGCGUUUGGAAGAGCUCUGAAGGAAUACGUUGCAACGGUGGAUCCUACCUAUGCAAAACAACAUGAAGACUUUUUUGUUGGAUUUGAAGGCUGUUUUGGGAAUCGGCAUGUUACUCCCCGUUCCUUAACUUCAAUCUAUUUGGGGAAUUUAGUUUGUGUUGAAGGUAUUGUCACAAAGGUUUCUUUAAUACAUCCGAAAGUGGUCCGCAGUAUUCACUACUGUCCAGCAACGAAAAAAGUUAUGGAAAGGAAAUAUACAGAUUUAACUUCAUUUGAAGCAGUUCCCUCCAGCGCUGUCUAUCCCACAAAAGAUGAUGAGGGAAAUUUGUUAGAAACUGAGUUUGGGCUAUCGGUAUAUAAAGAUCAUCAAACUGUUACGAUACAAGAAAUGCCUGAAAAAGCACCAGCAGGUCAAUUACCUAGAUCGGUUGAUAUUAUAUGUGAUGACGAUAUGGUUGAUCGAUGCAAACCUGGUGAUCGUGUUCAGAUAGUGGGAAGUUAUCGCUGUCUGCCAGGAAAGUUUGGAGGAUAUACUUCUGGCACAUUCCGUACUGUCUUGCUAGCAAACAAUAUUUCACUCUUAAGCAAAGAUAGUAACAUGCUUAUUUGCCGUGAAGACAUCAUCUUAUGCAAAAAAUUGGCCAAAAAUAAUGAUAUUUUUGAUUUGUUGGCUAAGAGUUUGGCUCCUUCUAUUCAUGGACAUUCUUUCGUUAAGAGAGCAAUUUUAUGCCUCUUAUUAGGAGGAGUAGAAAAGGUUUUACCGAAUGGUACUCGGUUGCGAGGGGACAUCAAUGUCCUUCUUAUUGGAGAUCCCAGUGUAGCGAAAUCCCAAUUAUUGAGGUAUGUGUUAAAUACAGCGCCAAGGGCAAUACCAACCACAGGUCGAGGUUCAAGUGGAGUAGGUUUAACGGCAGCUGUUACGACUGAUCAAGAAACUGGUGAGCGCAGAUUAGAAGCAGGUGCAAUGGUUUUAGCCGAUAGGGGUGUUGUUUGUAUUGACGAAUUUGACAAAAUGAGUGACAUUGAUCGUACCGCAAUUCACGAAGUCAUGGAACAAGGACGUGUUACAAUUUCAAAAGCUGGAAUACAUGCAUCUUUAAAUGCACGCUGCUCAGUACUAGCGGCCGCAAAUCCAGUCUAUGGAAGGUAUGAUCAAUAUAAAACUCCAAUGGAAAAUAUUGGCCUUCAAGAUUCGCUUCUUUCUCGUUUUGAUUUACUAUUCGUAAUGUUGGACGUAAUUGAUAGCGAUAUUGACCAAAUGAUUUCGGAUCAUGUUGUGCGUAUGCACCGUUACCGUAAUCCAAAGGAAACAGAUGGUGAACCUCUUUCAAUGGGUAGCUCGUAUGCAGAUUCCUUAUCAUUCACUGCAAAUUCUGAUGAGAAAAAAGAAAUAGAAAUCUUUGAAAAAUAUGACCCAUUGCUUCAUGGUAAGUCGAGAAAGCGGCAAGAAAAAAUUUUGUCUGUCGAUUUUAUGCGUAAAUAUAUUCAUAUUGCAAAAUGCAUGAAGCCAAAAUUAAGCGAACAAGCUUGUGAAGUUAUUGCGACGGAGUAUUCAUCCUUGCGCUCUCAAGAAAAUGUGCAAUCCGAUGUUGCUCGUACUCAACCAGUUACAGCUCGAACAUUAGAAACUCUUAUACGACUUGCCACAGCACAUGCUCGAGCUAGAUUGUCAAAAACUGUAACCGCAGAUGACGCACAGAGUGCAAUAGAAUUGGUGCAGUUUGCAUAUUUUAAGAAAGUCUUAGAAAAAGAAAAAGGUAACAAACGACGACGUGGGGAAGCAUCAACUGAUGAGGAUGAAAACCAGAAAUCACCAACCAGGAAAAGUAAACGUACUCGCACAGAAACAUUACAAGCGGAAACGGAAAGUGCUGCAUAUGAUACUGAUGAAGAAAUUGAAGCACCUCAACCGGAUGCAGGUGAUUUAACACGGCGUGAAACAAGAAAGUCAAAUAAUACGGGUCGAAAGGUUACAGCAGCUGUUGGUGCGGCCACUCAACGGCACGAACAAAGUACACUUCAUACAAGUGAAGAUAUAACUCCAUUUAUAUCAGAUACAAGAUUGAGCAUAUUCAAACAUAGUUUGCAACGAUUGUUCCGGGAGGCUAGGGAACAGAGUUUAUCUCUAGAACGAAUUACAAACGCUAUCAAUGAAAAUAAUUCUGAACAAUUCUCAAGUUCUGAAAUUGAAGCUGCCAUGCAUCAAAUGACUGAAGAUAAUCAAGUAAUGGUUGCUGAUGGUAUCGUUUUCUUAAUAUAAUUUUCUGUAAGAGUAUAUUCAUUCGAACUUUUGUCAAGUUUAUAUAUAUUACUCUAGUUUUCAAAGCGGCUGACUUUCAUUUGUAAUGUUCAAUGUUUUGUAAGUUAAUCUACCAAUAUUUUGUUUUACGAUAAUUAAUUUGUUGGGUAGAUUAGAUAUGGUAUGAUUGGAUAACUAGAUAUAAUUUAUUUGAACUUAUCUUUUUUUGUCAUUGAAAAUAAAUCAUUUUAUCAUUAAAAUUAAA